AUCUCCGAUUUGAUUGAUCCGACAAUAAUCAAUUGCAGGUAUUAUUAUUAUUAUUUUUUUUCAUAUCAAUUUGUUUUCUUCAGCUCGAUUUCAAUUUCUUCACCUGUUGUUUCAUGGAUAUUGAUUUGUUUUUUGAAAGGGAAAUUAGAAACUGAAUUGAUAAUUGAUAUGCGAUUGAUACCCUCCAUUAAUCGAAGAUUGUAUGUUUUUUGAGCCUGUUUUAAUUUUAUGUGAUUCUGUUUUAAAAGUAUUCCAGUGAUUAUGGCUUUGAUUGUUCAAGGGUUCUUUAGAUAAUAUCCAUUUGGAUUCUCUGAUUAAAUCAUUUGGGUGAAAAUUUUGGGUGCGAAAUAAAGUGUAUGAUGAUAUAUUAUUAUUAUUUUCUUGUGUUUAACUUUAAAAGUGUUGAUGUUUUCUGAACUUGUGUGUGUUCAUUGAAGUUUAAUAUCAAGGGGGGAAAAUAUUCUUGUGGCAAGAACUAAGAAGCAAUCCUAUAUUAAACAUGGUGUACCACUCUAGAAUUGUGGAUUUGAAGGGAGUUAGCAAAGCUUGUGGGUGUCCCCUACUUCCUCUUAAAAACCAAACAACUAACCAAACAAUUGGACAUGGACAUGCUCAUACUCAUGCUCCUCGUCUCUCUGAUCAAGGGGAAGAUAUUGUGGAUGAAGCAAUAAAGUUGUUUAGAGCAAAUGUGUUCUUCAAACACUUUGAUUUGAAAACUCCUGCUGAUAGGAUUCUUGUGUAUUUAACAUUUUAUAUAAAUGUGGCACUGAAGAGGCUGGAAGGUUGCAGAACUUUGACUGAAGGGACAAAAGCCAUUAAGAACUUGAGUUUGGAAGAUGUUUAUGUGCCUGGAGAACCUGCUUUUCCUUUUUCUGGAAUUUUUCCUCUUCCAGGAAGUAAAAAGGAAGCGGAGGUAAUUCGAGAUUAUUUCAAGGUAGUAAGGGAGGAAACAAAUAAAAGAUUGUUGAACGUCGCAUAUAGAGCCAAUGGGACUCCAAACAAAUGGUGGUUAGCAUUCUCCAAACGUAAGUUCAUUAACAGUCUCAUUGUUUAGACUCCAUUUAUCACAUAGUAUUAUAAUAUUCUAAAUUAUUCCUCAAUUUAUCUAUUCAUAUUACACAUGUUCCUUUAAUCAUUUAAUCAUAAAGUUCGGACAUCAGAAAAAUUGCAUUUGUGAUCCAAUUGACAUCGGUCUCAAUACCAAUAUAAGUUGUUGUAUAUCGUAAGAAAAGUUAAAAUUAG